UUCCCGGGACAAGGGUUGUGAUAGACUGGUCCGCCCGGCACAGGGAAGGGAACCUGGAAACUGGAUCCUAGGUAGGCGAGAGUGCCUUGCUGGGACGCAAGCGUGCGGCAGAGGUGGGAAGGACAAGAUUCACUCCCGCGUCUCAACCUCCCCUUCCCGUCGCGGCCCCGGGAGGACACAGUGCUUGCUCGGAGCUGAAUUCCGCGCAGCGUUGGCUUGGGUGGAGGAUGGCCGUGUGGCGGGUGAGAACUGCUGGGGUGCGUGGCCCGGGUGUGAGCGCGCCCAGCGGCGGGGUGCAGCUUCUCUCCGCCCGGCUUCUCCUCCCACUCGCCCUCUCCCACCUCCUCCCUCCUCCACACCCCCGCCCCCGGGACUGCGAGGCUCCCUCCCCGCACCGGCCGGAGAGUACACAAAGCGGCGGGUGAGGGGAAGCUUCGCGGGCGUGCACGGAGCAGUGAGAUCACUGGCGUUAUAAAUAUCCCAGUGCCAGCGCCGAGAUCCGUUCGGGUGGCCUCUCUCUCUCUCCCCCCUCUCCCAGUCUCUUUCCCAAGGCUAUGUCCACCCGGUGCGGCGAGGGGGGCAGCGCCAGAGGUACGCAGCCGCGCGGGGGCUGCGGAGCCCAGAACCAGCCCUACAAGAUGCGCUUAGGACCCCCGCGGCUGGAAGAAUGAGCUUGUCCUUCCUCCUCCUCCUCUUGCUCAGCCACCUGAUCCUCAGCGCCUGGGCUCGCGGGGAGAAGCGCCUCGUCCCCAAAGGGCAACCCGGACCGGCUGCCACUGCUAGGAACCCGGGAGGCGCCAGCAGCAGCUGGAGCAGCAGAAGCACGACGUCUUCCUCUUCUUCCUCUGCCUCCUCCUCCCCCGCGGCUUCUCUGGGAAGCCAAGGAAGCGGCUUGGAGCAGACCAGUUUCCAGUGGAGCCCCUCGGGGCGCCGGACCGGCAGCCUCUACUGCAGAGUGGGCAUCGGUUUCCAUCUGCAGAUCUACCCGGAUGGCAAAGUCAAUGGCUCCCACGAAGCCAAUAUGUUAAGUAUUUUGGAAAUAUUUGCUGUGUCUCAGGGGAUUGUAGGAAUACGAGGAGUUUUCAGCAACAAAUUUUUAGCGAUGUCAAAAAAAGGAAAACUCCAUGCAAGUGCCAGAUUUACAGAUGACUGCAAGUUCAGGGAGUGAUUUCAAGAGAACAGCUAUAACACCUAUGCCUCAGUGAUACACAGAACUGAGAACACGGGGCGGGAGUGGUACGUGGCCCUGAACAAGAGGGGGAAAGCUAAACGGGGCUGCAGCCCCCGGGUUAAACCCCAGCACGUCUCCACUCACUUUCUGCCAAGAUUUAAGCAAUCGGAGCAGCCGGAACUUUCUUUCACAGUUACUGUUCCUGAAAAGAAAAAACCACCUAACCCCAUCAAGCCAAAGGUCCCCCUUUCCACAUCUCGGAGAAGCCCCAGCACGGUGAAGUACAGACUCAAGUUUCGCUUUGGAUAAUUAUCAUCUUGGCCGUGAGGAACCGCGCCGUCCCCUCAAGAGUUUCCCUAGGUGUUUUUAGUGCCCUGAAGACAGAGUUUCGGACACAGCUUCAUCUCUACUACACUGCAUCGAAGCCAGGUCAUUUGUUUCAGUCUGACUGAAACAAAAACGUUUUCUGAUAGGAACUGAACUGGAAUUCUUUGUACCAACAUGAAGAGCGCACUGCUUCAGUUCAGUGCCACAUAAAGCCUUUUGCUUUAUGCUUGACGCAUCCUGGUACUCUGGUUCCAGAAAGUUGAAUGAUGGGAACUAUGUACUUUUCUGACUUUUACAGAUCAACCUGAAAAAACAUACAUGGUACAUUUUUUAUUUUUGGUUUCCAAAGAAUAUUUUGAUGCAGAUAAAAAUAUUUUAUUAACUUUUGUUUUUUGUUUUUUUAAAAAAACAUACCUCUGCAUUGAGCAUAUUUUCUUACUUUUAUUAUUUUAAUUAAUAAGACAUAAAACAACCAUUUGAAUACAGUUUAUGAAUUAUAAAUAUGUUUAUAGCCCAUUUGUAACAAGUGGAUUUCCCUUUCAUUUUUCUUAUUCAUUGCACUUUUAAUUUUUAUUAUUAUUAUUAUUUUUACCAUACCUCAGAUCAUGUAAGUUUAGUUUUACAUCUUAAAAUGUUUAAAUUCUCUUCAAUAGCACCAAAGGCUCAGCCUGGUUUUGUGUGUGUGUGUGUGUGUAUGUGUGUAAAUUCAUGAUCGUAUAUGGAAUUCUAUCUCUUUGGUGCUUGGACAUUAAUGAGUUAGAAGUAAGGAAAAAAUAUAAGGACUCUUUUUGGUAGAAUUAAAAGCUGUAGAUAAGGAAAGGAUUAGAGGUACAAGCACACUGAGUUCACAGCAUUUACUGGUACUAAUUCCGCCUCGCCUUUACUUGUCCUUUUAUCAACCCCUGCCCUCAUUCUUUAACAGCUGGAUGAAUACAUUUUAUUCUGUCCCUCAAGCAUACACUAUGAAACCAGAGUGCUUAAAAUACCUCUUCCAUGACCCUCUGCUCUCCCCACUGUAUAGAUCCACAGGGAGCAACCCACUUAGUGGAAUAAGUUUUCCACGUCAAGUCCCAUUGUCAAAGUACUCCUAUUACUCAGUCAAACACCCUUUGAGUUUCCUAUCCUAAACGUAACCAUCCCAGUGAAUAGAUCUGCCCCAUUUGUAAGGAAACUUUCUGAUGUAUGUUUUUAAAAAGUUGGCCAUGUGAUACGGGAAACUUAAUUUGGGAAUUUGAUGCAUUGAAAAUGGCACUUAACUAUCAACCCAAAUACUGAAUGUUGGGCAUAAAUCACAGACAAUUUAAUUUAAGAGAAUUUACACAAUUUACUUUCUUGGGUAGUCAUUUUUAUGGAGUUCUAUGAAAUAUAAGUAUUUAUCUUCAGAAAUGAGGCAAUAGGAAAGGUAGAGCUAAUGUUUAAAAGAAUGUCUCAUAGGAAGAGCAAAAGAGUUCACAGUAAGUUUGUUGUUUGCAUUUAAGCGUAUUUCUUAUAAGGAAUUUGCUAAACUUAUUUUUUGAACAAAGUAUGGUUUAUUUUGGUGCACAAACGCAACGUGGAAACUCAACAAAAUCGAAGUUACUACCACUUAGGCAGAUAGCUUUGUUUUAAUGGAAACAAAUUAUACACACAUAUAUUAUAUAUAAUAUAUAAAAUCCAUCCGUCAACUAAAACAUCACACACAUACUCUGUGUCUUAUUGUAAAACUAAUAAUCUGGUUAAACAUUUGGAUUUAACGCAUGAUUUUUAAAGAACAAAAUAAAAUGCUACAAAAGUCGUAAUUAAUUUAUACAUUAAAAACCUCCUGGAUUAAAUGAAACAAUGAAAUUUUGCAAACCAAGGUAUGUCCAAUUCUUAUCCAAUUGGCAUAUCACCUUAUAUACAUGGUAUAAAGCUAAAAAUAAUCCUCUAGUUUAUUCUAAUAUAGUGUUAAGAAUUACGCACUGUGUAUCAAGUUCUUAGUACAUCUGAAAAAUAAAAUUGCAGGACAGGAGAACGGUAGACAUGUGUUCCUAAAUGGGCAAGAGAAAGAUGAUAUUAAUGAUGAUUAACAGCAAAUUAAAUUAGUGCAUAUAUUGUAUUAGGCAAAUGUUGCUGGUAGUUUAUGUUAAACUAAAAAAUAACACCUUAUCUGUACUCUUUGAUUUGAUUAGCAUAUGAAGGUUAAAGUAGAAUAGCUACCAAAUAUACAUUAUGCUAAUCAGGACUCAUUAAUUUCAAAAUUUAAAGCCAAGCUAAAAUUAAAAAAUAAAACAACUUUAAAUUACACUUAUCUUUAGUUUACUGGCCAUACACAAUUACAUUUAAGUAAAGCUCACCAAAGCAUAGUUACCUAAAUUAAUUAAUUGGAAAAUCUCAUGUAGAAGAAACCUGUAUAAAUAUAAUCCUCACUAAUAUUUAGCACUUUUUAAGGAGAUCUUUGCUUAUGUAGUUUUUGGUGAUUUUUUAAGUGAUUAGAUUUAUCUGACAUUAAAUAAAGUUAUUUAAUUGUGAUUGUGUUCACCUAAAAAUGUCAACGAAUUUUACCUUACAAUUU